CAGUAUGUGGUUAUCGACUGAACUGCAAAUGAUCAAUCCAGGAAUGCAGGAUGCGUCUCACAGCUUGCAGUGCCACGCAGUUUGCCGGCUGGCUGGCACUCUGCACACUCGGGCUGCUGGGCUUCUGCGACGGGUGUCCCGUUGCGUGUCAAUGCACCCGCAAAACCAGCGCCAAGCGCUCGGUGGUCAGCUGCCAUAAGAGGGGUCUGACCACAUUCCCCACUGGCCUGCCCCGGGACACCUGGAUCAUUAAAAUGGGUGAAAAUAUUUUACAAGAUCUCCCAGCAAAUAUCUUGAAACCAUUUCCAAAGAUUGAAAGCAUCAACUUGGAGCGCAACUCCAUCAAAUCGAUUCAUCCCCAAGCCUUCACUGGAGGCAGGAAGCUAAUAUUGCUUAACUUAUAUGGGAAUAAAAUCAACAAACUUCCCAAGAAGGGAUUCCAGGACCUCCUGAAUCUACGCUUCCUGAUGCUUGGGCAGAACCAAAUUUCCACCAUCGGACCAGAAAUGUUUUCAGGCAUGAGGAACCUGUCAGACCUGGACAUGCCGGCAAAUGCCCUCACAGCCCUGCCGGCCAAUGGCUUCAAGCCCCUUGUGGCCCUCAAGGUCCUGGACCUCGCCCUGAACCAGAUACACAAGCUGUCACCCAAGUCGUUCGUUGGCCUACAGAAGCUGCUCUUCUUGAACCUGGACAGCAACCGCCUGAAGACCAUCCCUCAUGGGGUUUUUCAGCCUCUGGGGGCACUGCAGACGCUGGUGCUAGAAAACAACCUGCUACGUACCAUGAGUGUCUCUGCACUGGACGGCUUGUCCACCCUGAAGGAGCUGUACCUGAGGAACAAUGAGAUUGAGAUGCUACCUGGCAGCCUGUUCAGACACACCCCACAGCUCACCCAGCUGGCCUUGAGUGGGAAUCGGCUGGUGGCUUUGGAUGGCACAUUGCUGGCCCAACUGCCAGAGCUCAGAGAGGCGUACCUGCAUGACAACCCGUGGCAGUGUGACUGUGGCAUCGCACCCUUGGUGCGCUGGAUCUUGCGGGGCCGCGCCGGCAGGUCGCCGACGGGGGCUCCAAAAUGUGCCGCCCCUGCGGCUCUCAGGGGCCGGGCCCUCAGCAGACUGCCUGCAGAUGCCCUGAAGUGCAGGGCUUGA